CUUCGGGUAACACCAACGAGCGAGGACAUUCCGUCCACUCUUCCCUCCCCCCUCCCCUGCCCACGAUCCCAUCAGGGAUCGUACGUCGGCCUGCACGGCUUGUCUACUUGUUUACUGAACUAACGGUGAAAUGGAGAGUUAAAAGGGGGUUGGAGGGAACAGAGGAAACCAACGUCGAAAGCAAAAGAAGAGGCCGAAAGGGGAAAGAGAGCGAGAGAGAAAGGGCCCGUCAACCUGGUGUCUCUCGUAGUCUGGUUGCGGCAGAGGCGUGUAGGUAUUGUGGUGCGCCUAAGACAUAUUAGGUGCAAGGUUGGAGGGCAUGCCAUUACUACAUUCGGCCAUUUCGAUCUCUGCGAUACCGUUGCGCUGUGCUAUGUUACUUGGUAGAUCUAAGCAUACCUGUAUAUUGCCCGCGUACAUGCCCGGGGUUAUGACCUCUCUGGAUUUAGGUAGGGUUUCUCUACUCAUAUGUAGAUAUCUACAGCCAAACACUUACACAACCACUAACCUAAUAAGCACUUUCGUUGCCUCGUCUUACCUUACUUACACUUACACGAACCUAGCCCCAAUCACCGACGGGCUCUGCAUGUCCUAACAUCAUACACCGCACUGCUCCCUCCGAGCAUCCCCCCUCCUCCUCCUCCUUGUCCCUGCUCAUCCCGUCUGCCUUUGCCGCGUCCAUACCUCGCAGGCAGAGAGGCUAUACCAUCC